UCUUUACCGGUCUCCCGGGAAGCAGUGCUCAGUAAGGUGUGAGCAAUUACUGCCCUUAACAACCACUACAAACAAAAACAAAAAAGCUUCCGGCGAACCAGGAAGAAAAAAUGCAAAAUCCAGUCAGACAGGAAGAUGCUUCUGUUGACAGUCUUGAUAUGGAAUCCCUUAAUGAGUCUAUGACUCUUAUAGAUACAUGGAAACCAACAAAAGAUGUGUUUGCACUGAAGAAUUACAUGUUUGGAUUGUCAUCGAUCAGCAGCUGCACUGCUGCAUAUAUCAACUCUCACUACAGGAGAGCUGUCAAGCUGAAGAAUUAUGCCUUGUGCCUACUUUUAUUCCAGUGGUCCUACUGCCUUCCAUAGUGAGCACACUUUUGCAACAAGACUGUAUACGUAUCCCUUACCUAGUGUAGGAGAACCUAAAGCACUGAUGAAGGAACUGAUCAGAAUGACUCGACCAAUACUUCCACAACUCUGUCUUCUUGCUGGAUUCCAAGUAGUUGUUGGCACAGCAUGGACUCACUGGGAGGCUCACAACCUUUUCACUGUACUGUCAAAACUCUCAGAGAUGGAGCAAGUUGUGAAAAGACAUCACACAGUAAAGGAAAAUAUUUCCCAGGACACUUUAAAGACAGACUCAGAGAAAUAUAAUUAAAUUAAAAAUUUAUUCUGCUGUUUACCUGGAGUUUACCUGGAGAGAGUUCCGGGGGUCAGCGCCCCCGCGGCCCGGUCUGUGACCAGGCUGUAUAGUUUAACUUAAAAUAAUUUUAUUUUGUAAUUAUUUAUAGUAUGUAAAUAAAAGUUUUCAAGAUGUA